AUGGCUUCUUUGCUGAGAGAAAAAUAUCCACAAGAAAGAGCAGAAAGUACAAAAAACGUUCUCACAGUGCUUGGACGGAGAAAGAUUAGCGAAGAAUCUACAGAGGCUGAAACUUUGCUGAUUACGGGUUCUAAAGCUAAGGAAUUUGCUGCUGACGUUACCGCCGUGCUCACAGAGGUUCUCCAGAACGGCGAGGCCGGUACCAUUUUUUGCAAUGAAAAGAUGAAACGUUAUCAGCUUGACGAGAAGAUCAAUAAAGCUAUGUCUGAAAAUAUUGAUAGGCUUCGAGGUGAGGCAAUAUUAAGUCUGCACGCUCUAUGUGAUUAUGAGUAUUCGCCACAUUCUAAAGCUCUAGUCGUCCUCACAGUUACCAACUUCAAUAUGGGAAUUUAUCCAGAUUGUGAAAAUGCACUUUCCAGCCUACUUCACAAAGAAUGGCAAACUCCAUUCCUAAAUGGAGACAUAAUUUCUGCGAUUCUAUCCCGCAUAACUUCCUACAUUAUCUGCCUGACAAAUUAA